AUGGCCGCCUUUGUGCGCGUAUCCGGCCCUGCAAAUGGCAAUUUCCUCAUCGGAUACCCGGGCAUCUCUGCAACCAUGCCUCGCAUCGAAGGUAAGGUUGAGAUCCGGCCCAGCGUCGGUAUCUCCGCCCCGGUCAAUGUCUCCCUCGUGACGAUAUCACUCCUGCGCCGGGAAACCAUCCAUCCAUCCGCCGAUUCGGUCACCAAAAAACGGCUUGCGCCCCCGCGCAAGGAAAUCUCAGAUAUCGUGGGCAAGGAGAUGCUUCUGUUUCGGUGUCCCGCCGGGAAAGAAUUUGAAGAAGUCAUAGCCAUGGAUCUUCCCUUUGUCCUCUUCAUUCCAUUCGGACGCGGCGGUCGAGAUGCGUCUCGGCGAGUUCCCCCGGCGAGCUUGCAACUGCCCAGUCGCACCGCCGAGACAUAUUAUGAGAUGGUGGUCAUGGUUCAACAGGGACAUUCGGACCAACGGAAAUAUACCUUUCCGGUGCCCAUUGCUCGCUACGACACGCUUUCCACAUUUGGCAUGUACAAUCGGCCCGAGUCUGCCGAGCGAGUUUCCGACCACCUGGUCACCCUGGCGAUUUCUUUGCCGCGCUGGUCCUACGGACCGCUCGAUCCGGUCAGCGUGUACAUCAAACUGUCACCCAACCAAGAAUGGAUCAGCAAAGCCCGCAAAGUCACUAUCAGUAAGAUCACCAUUGGCAUUGAUGAAGAGAUCGUCUACAACCACGAAGGUGACGAACCGCAGCGCAAAGUGAAGACCCUCGUGAAGAAGACAGAGACGGUGGGCAUCAAGUUGCCCCAGUCGGGAUAUCUGACCAAUCUCGGCUUGGUCUUUCCGGCCAAGGACCUGCGCGAUUCUGAAGGAAUUCUACCUCGGAGUCGGGCAGCUUUUCCCAUGUACAGUGUGAGUGGCUUCACCACCACGGCAAGUUUGUAUAAGAUUGAGUAUUAUCUUACAGUGAGGGCGCAUCUCACCUCGGCAAGAGACAUUACAAUCCGCCAGCCGAUAGUAGUAUGUCCACUGGAUCAUGCGGGCUGCAAGGAGGAAAUGGAAGCCAUCGAGCUGGCUGCCCGUGAUGCCGCCUAUGUGAACCCCGAUAAUCCUACACUACAGCGGCCAUCAAUUAUCCGGCCCAGCGAUCCUCAUGCUCUCGACUAUUUGGGAGUGGCCAUUGUUGAAAAUCAAAAGAAGCCACUCAUUGACUGA